UCUGUUUUUAGAGUUGAUCCUUUGUUGCGGCAGGAGAGGAGAAUCCACGCCGCUAGUGAGGCUAUCCAGUGCGAACCGCCAAAAUUAUCUACCUCUUUUUUUUUUAAACUCGAAUUCUAAAUCCGGAGCGCUGAGAUUCACAAGCGUGUGGUGGCGAUAAAUUUUCUGUGAUAUGAGUGGGCGCUGCCCAACCUCAUAUGAUCCAUUCACCUCCCCAUACCUCUUUCCCCCUUUUCCUCUCCCUUAUCACGAUUCUCUCUCCCUUCUUCGUGCGUUCUUAACAAUCGCAGCUUGCAAACCCCUCGAGAGCAGAACAGGGCACUCUGUUUCGUGUUUGAGCUCGGGUUCCUAAACCUUAGCUAACUAUGGCAGACGACGCCGUCAACAGCACAGGGUCGAGUUCCUCUAAAACUCUCGACGGAAACUUUGACAUCAUCUCAACCGUGAGUUCGCAGGGGCUAGACAACACGGGCUUUCCACUCUUGGUGGAGAAAUUGAACGGAAAAAAUUUCCGUGAAUGGGCUCAAUCCACUAAACUAGUGAUUGAAGGAAAAGGGAGGUUAGGAUACCUUACCGGCGAACGGAAGAAGCCCACCACAACUGACAUCACAGCUCUGCAAAAAUGGAAAGUCGAGAAUUCCAUGGUGACAGCGUGGCUCAUAAAUUUGAUGAAGCCCUCAAUCGGUAAGAUAUACUUGUUCCUUUCAACAGCGAAGGAUGUCUGGGACGUAGUUUGUGAGACAUACUCUGAUGCCGAAAGUUACUCCCAAAUCUUUGAGAUUAAGACCCGACUGUGGUAGUUGCGGCAAGGAGAAAGGGAGGUCACUGAGUACUUCAUGGAGAUGACCACCCUCUGGCAGAAGCUUGACCUUAGCGUCGAUGAAGAGUGGGAGUGCUUCGGCGACAGCAUACGGUACAAGCGACGCCCAAAGAAUGAGAGGGUGUUCGAGUUUUUGGCAGGUCUCAAUUGUGACCUGGAUAAUGUACGAGGGAGGAUCAUUGGUCGGCGUCCCCUACCUUCGACUCGGGAGGUCUUCGCAAAGGUGUGGCGUGAGGAGAGUCGCCGCAAGGUGAUGUUGAAAACGCACCGUGCACCUGAAAUCUCAGCCCUAAUCCGAAAAGACAUGGAGCUUGAAGUCUCAGCCCUAAUGUCAAAAAAUCCUAUGAGCUCGGGCUCCAGUUUUGGACAAAGGCCACAAUAAGGAAAAAUUUGGUGCAAACAUUGUCGAAAGUCAGGACAUUCAAAAGACACCUGUUGGGAGAUUCAUGGAAAACCUACAGAUUGGAAGCCGAAACAAUAUCAAAAAAAUCGUGGGUAUCAAGCUACUGCUAAUUGUUCAACUGAAAAACCACAAGGUGAAAAAAACCAAUAAUAUUUCAAGUAAUGCAUUCAGCCCUGAGCAGUUGGAAUAGCUGUAUAAAAUGAUUUCCUCUAUUCAAACAUCGGGUCAGUCUUCCACUGGUUCUCUAGCUCAUCGAGGUAAUUAUUUGUUAGUCUUAAAUACUACAUCCUGUUACAAAUCACCAUGGAUAAUUGACUCGGGUGCAUCUGAUCAUAUGACUGGUUCUUAUCAAUUGUUUUCAUCCUAUUCACCAUAUGCUGGAAAUCUGAGAGUCAAAAUUGCUGAUGGUUCUCUCUCACCUGUCGCUGGUAAAGGAAGUAUUCGCAUAUCUGACUCUGUAACUUUAAAAUCUCUCCUCCAUGUUUCCAAGUUAUCUUGCAAUUUGUUAUCUAUCAGCCAAAUAACGAAAAACUCCAAUUGCUCUGCUACAUUUGUUUCAUCUCAUUGUGUUUUUCAGGACCUCUCAUUGGGGAAGACGAUUGGCACUGCUAAGGCGUAUGAAGGGCUCUACUACUUUGAGGACGCAAGCUUGAUUCACGCUUUUGUCUAACAGCGAAGGAAAUCUUUGUUUGCUGCGACCCCAGUUUCUGACGACCAAGGUUCAUGUCUGAACUCAACGUCCAUAUUCUUAGUGCCUACGAUCCAUUUGCGGAGGCCAAUGCUGAUGACUCUGGUGCUGGGUCAAAAGAGUACGUUCAUAUACGCAUACAACAGCGUAAUGGUAGGAAAAGCCUGACAACCGUACAGGGGUUGAAGAAGGAAUUCAGCUACAAUAAGAUACUCAAGGACCUUAAGAAGGAGUUUUGCUGCAAUGGUACUGUUGUCCAGGACCCAGAGCUGGGCCAGGUUAUUCAACUUCAAGGCGAUCAGCGGAAGAAUGUCUCCACCUUCCUUGUCCAGGCCGGCAUUGUGAAGAAGGAACGCAUCAAGAUUCAUGGUUUCUAAACCACCACAGCAGCUGUGGCAGACUGCCCUUUGUAGAGUUGCAACUGCCGCAUUAUAUAAAGGAUCACGUAUAAAUUAUACGAACCUGUAAAUAGAACCCUACUUCAUAUAUUAUUUGUGUCCUGUUUGAGUGUUUCAGAAUCUUAGUUUUAACCAGUCUUGAUGUUUUUUAGCUGUUUGGUGGUUUAACUUUAAACUGCAAUCUGUAUGCUGUUCAAGUCACCUCCAUUGCUGUCAUGAGAAAGAAACCAUAUAGUUUAGAACUUUUUGUCUCCCAUUUGACAAUGAAUACUCUGAGGUAAUGGUCAUGGGGAACAAUUUGGCAGUA